CGAAUAUAUAUAUUAUAUAUAUUUGAUUAAUUACAUUUUUAUUUUCGGAUUUAUUUUUCCAGUCGAGCCAUCAAAACAAACCAAGACCUUCUCCCUACUACACCACUAUCAUCGUUAUUUCGCAAUGAUUUUUGGGGAACUCCUCUCGGCCAUACUGGAUCUCACAAAUCAUACAGACCACUAUGUGUUCUCUCAUUUCGUUUAAACUAUUGGUUUGGAGGCUUGGACCCUUGGGGAUAUCAUCUUGUCAACGUUUUGCUACAUGCCACAGUUUCUGGUGUCUUUACUCAUCUGGCUGCAAUUGUGUUUUUAAGACAUACUCUACCAACAAUAGUUGCUGGUGUUUUAUUUGCUGCACAUCCUAUCCACACAGAAGCAGUUGCCGGAGUUGUGGGUCGAGCAGAUGUAGGAGCUUGUCUUUUUUUUCUAUUAUCUCUACUAUUUUAUAUGACGUAUUGUAAGUAUCGGGACAAGGAACCUGAACUAUAUGGGUGGAGGUGGGUAUAUCUGUAUAGUGCCCUGCUGUGGGCUGCGUGUUCCAUGUUAGCGAAAGAGCACGCUAUCACAGUCCUUGCCGUCUGUGCCGUGUAUGAUGUUCUUAUCCACCAUAAAGUGUCUCUGAGAGAUUUACUAGGAAUCCCGUUUGAGAAGCGAUUCCAAGGUCUCCGCGAGGGACUUCUUCACCUUAUUGGUGCUGUUGUGAUGCUAGUGGGUUUCAGACUGCAUCUAAUGGGAAGUAAGCCGCCGGAUUUCGCUCCGGCAGACAAUCCUGCUGCCGAUAAUGACAGCAUUGUAAUAAGGACGUUAACGUUUCUUUAUCUGCCUGCCUUCAAUUUUUGGCUUCUGUUAUGUCCAAAGUGGCUUAGUUUUGAUUGGUCGAUGGAGGCCAUACCUGUAUUCACUUCACCGAGCGAUCCUAGGAAUGUUUUUACUGCUUGUUUCUACGGGAUGGUGAUUUAUGUUUUGGUGUAUAUACUCAGGAACCUUAACCGACGGGCACGUAAUGAAAGUGCCUUCAAUAACAGUCCAAUGUGUCCCUGUCUGGGAAUCCUCCAAAAUCAUAAACUUGCCUUGGCUAACAAUUGUUCCAACCACAAUGGCAAAUACAGUAGGAAACAUCCUGCGCACCUCCUUAAUAAUAAUUAUAGUCAACCGACGACCUAUGCACCGUAUGCUAAUGGACACAGAAUAACAACUUCCAAUGGCCAUUGUCACCCAGUGACAUACAACAAUGGCACAACGCAGUCGUCAUCCAUGUGCACAUCUGAUUCUUCAGAUUCAUCCUGUGGUGUGUCGUGGACACCUUUCAGAAGUCAUUUAGAAUUAGUCAUUUUAUCCUUAGCCUUGCUUGUACUUCCCUUUAUUCCUGCCACGAAUCUAUUUUUCUAUGUCGGGUUUGUGGUGGCCGAACGUGUUCUUUAUGUACCGAGUAUGGGAUUUUGUCUACUGGUGGCUCUGGGUGCAGAUCAGAUAUACAAAAGACAAGAAAGUGGUUAUAAACGCAAAGCAUUAAUUGCAGUUAUUAUAUUUAUGAUUUUGGUUUUAUCCAUUAGAACCGUCAGGAGAAACUAUGAUUGGAUGAGUGAAGAAAAUCUUUAUAGAUCCGGAAUACAGAUAAAUCCACCAAAAGCGUAUGGCAACCUGGCCAAUAUCCUUAGUGCCCAAGGCAAAAAACAAGAAGCAGAGUGGGCCUACAAAAAAGCAUUAAGUUACCGUUCCAACAUGGCUGACGUCCAUUACAAUCUUGGAAUUCUCUUACAAGAAAUGGGCCGCUAUGAGGAAGCUUUGCAAAGUUAUAAAUUGGCAAUACAGUUCCGUCCUCGCCUCGCAAUGGCACAUCUGAAUUUGGGUUUAGUACUGGGUAUUUUGGGAAGGAAAGAAGAAGCGGCUGAGGUUUACAGACAUUGCGCUCAGUUAGACAGUACUGGACUUAAAGAUCCUAAAACGCAUGAAAGUACUAAAAUUUCGGCGCUUUUCAAUUUGGGAAGAUUAUUUGCUGACGAAGGAAAAUAUCAGGACGCAAUUGAAGUUUAUCAAGAAGCUGUACAGAAGAUGCCAGAUCAUUAUCAACCUCAGUCUCUUUAUAACAUGAUGGGCGAAGCAUUUUUCAAGUUAACUCAAUACGUAGAAGCUGAAUUUUGGUACAAAGAAGCGCUUAGAGUAAAACCAGAUCACAUUCCAGCCCAUUUAACUUACGCUAAACUAUUAUCUAAAUGGAAUCGUCAAGUAGAAGCCGAACAGUGGUUUUUAAGAGCUAAAACUUUGGCUCCUAAUGAUUCCAGUGUAUAUCAACAUUACGGACAAUUUUUAUCUGAAUCCGAUCGUCAUACGGAAGCUGCUGAAAUUUACGUCAGGGCGGCUGAUCUUGCACCUGAUGAAUAUGAAAUUAUUUUCAAUGCUGCAAAUACACUCAGACAAGCUGGAAGGAAUGCAGAAGCCGAGAAGUACUACCACAUGGCUGUAAAAUUAAGACCAAACGAAGUUACAAGUCAUAUGAAUUUAGGUGCAAUGCUACAUGUCAACGGAAAAUUAUUAGAAGCUGAAUCUAGUUACUUGGAAGCGUUACGUUUAAAACCAGACGAUCCUAUAACGCAAAAUAAUUUACAAAAAUUACGUAAUUUAUUAGUGCAAAAAGGCAUUCGAUCAUCCAGUAAUCAAAAACGACGAUAGCAACUAAAAAACAUAUCAUUGGAAUUGAGUAAUGAAACAAAAUUUUUUGUGAAAAUUGAAAAAAAGAGAGUCGAAUCUCUAUGAUUGAGACUAGUCAAAAAUAGACUUGUUUCUU